AAAUCCAUGAAUAUAGUGCCAUCAUUAUGGCUUCUUUAAAAGUCCUUGUCAUCGGUGGUGGAAUUGCCGGUCCAGCCGUAACCUACUGGCUCUCACGUAUCGGCGCUCAUGUCACUCUCAUUGAACGCGCGGCAGAUAUACGAGCUUCAGGCCAGCAGGUAGAUCUUCGUGGCCAAGGAGUGCCUUUAAUGAAGAAAAUGGGUAUGGAAGCUGCUGUGCGGGCUGUAUCUGUUCAUGAACCCGGCAUGCAACUCAUCGAUAGAAGUGGCCGAACCAAAGCAUUCUUCCCAGUCGCUGAAAGUGGCUCAGGGAAGCAAGGGUUCACUUCAGAGUUUGAGAUUAUGCGGGGCGAUCUAGUGAAGAUCCUCUAUUCACUUACAGAAAACAACACCAAUGUGCGGCAUCUAUUCGACACUACCAUCAAAAGCUUUACCCAGGACGAUGAGAGCAACCCCAAUGGCAAAGUUCAUGUAUCCUUUCAAGACGGUCAUGAAGAAGACUUUGAUCUUGUCAUUGGUGCUGAUGGAACCGGCUCGAGAACGCGCAAGCUGAUGCUGGGCGAAGACGCACCGGAUCCUCGGAAAUCAAUGGGAGGUUACAUCGGAUAUUACAGCGUGCCAUCAAAUCCAGGAGAUUCAGAUAGGGGAACAUUUUGUCAUUUGACAGGCGCAAGAAUCAUCGGAACAAGAAAAGAUAUCCCGGAACUUACACGAGUAUACAUGAUGUUCCGCGGAAAGAGGCCUGCUCUUGAUGAAGCACUCCUUUCUGGAGAUCAAGCAGAAGUUAAAAAGACCUUAGCUGAGCUAUAUCAAGGGGGUGGAUGGGAAUGUGAUCGAUUUAUGGAUGCUCUUCAACACGCCCCAGAGGCAAACGACCUAUAUAUUACACCAAUACAAGAGGUCCACAUCCCUAAAGGACAGUGGUCCAAGGGACGAGUUGCUCUUCUCGGCGACGCAGCUCACUGCCAUACAGCAGGGGGCUAUGGAUGUGCCUGGGGCUUAGUAGGAGCCUAUGUGCUGGCAGGAGAGAUCGCAUCCUUGUUAAAGAAGGACGCCUCAUCAACAACAGCUGCCGUGGUCCAAGGAGCGAAGAAUUACGAGGAAAAGUUCCGACCAAUUGCAACUUCAAUGCAUGGCGGCUAUGAGUGGUUCGAAGAUUUACUGGCACCCAAAACGAGCAUUGGAAUCUGGUGCCUGCAUACUUUUGCUAAAGUAGCAUCAUAUAUGAAAUUGGGUGAAAUGAGUGGGCUGGAUUCAACGACGUCGAAAUGGCAAUUACCGAACUAUCCCGAGCUGGAUUAAUACGCAGGAAGAGCAUUAUUGAGCGAAUGCCGGGCGUGUAGUGUGAUUUGUGCGUCGCACUUGUACAUUAGUUAAUCUCCAAUCACUUUAAUACCUUUAAUAGAUU